CUCCAGGUUUCCAUAGCGGAGUCGGACACUCAUGUUUACGUCAGCCUUACAGACAGCACAACAAACAAGUUCGGUCAUGCAGAGUUUUCUGGCCCCGAGCAUGUGCGACUGGAUUCGAUCGCCCCUAGCACGUCAACGACGGAGGGCAAGAGCAACCGUAGUGUUGUGGAUGUGUCUGCGCGCAACGUGCCAGUCCCUGUGGGGCCAGCAUUCCCUGACUUCGGACGCAGUGACUUGGAUCCCUUUGGUGGUCUGGGUCCAGGCAGUGAUCUUCGUCCCGGUGGUAUGGGUGGCAUGCUGCUGGAUCCUAACAGAAAUAUGCCUGGCGCGACAGUCUUGGCCAGUGAUAGAGCUGAUCCCAACCACAUGGGCUGUGGAUGUUCACGUACCUGACCUAAUCACGAGAAGGAGUUUGCAUGCUCAAUUUCGUAUCGAGAACGCGGGAGUGGGUGUGCUUGUGUGA